AGCCGGAGGAGCCGCCGCAGCAGCUCCCCGCCUCCCGGGCUGAGGGAAUUUUAGGAAAGAUGGAUCAACCUAGUGGAAGAAGUUUUAUGCAAGUAUUAUGUGAAAAAUAUAGUCCUGAAAACUUUCCUUACCGCCGUGGUCCUGGGAUGGGAGUCCAUGUCCCAGCCACACCUCAGGGCUCUCCUAUGAAAGAUCGCCUCAACCUCCCAAGUGUACUAGUCUUGAACAGCUGUGGAAUAACCUGCGCAGGAGAUGAAAAAGAAAUUGCUGCCUUCUGUGCUCAUGUGUCGGAGCUGGAUCUUUCUGACAACAAGCUCAAAGACUGGCAUGAGGUCAGUAAAAUUGUGUCAAAUGUUCCCCAGUUGGAGUUUCUAAACCUGAGUUCCAAUCCUCUGAAUUUGUCGGUUUUAGAAAGAACAUGUGCUGGGUCCUUCUCUGGGGUUCGCAAACUUGUCCUCAACAACAGCAAAGCUUCUUGGGAGACAGUCCACACGAUACUGCAGGAGUUACCAGAUUUGGAGGAGCUCUUCCUGUGCCUUAAUGACUAUGAAACAGUGUCUUGUCCUUCUAUUUGCUGUCAUUCUCUUAAGCUACUACAUAUUACAGACAAUAACCUCCAAGACUGGACUGAAAUACGAAAGUUAGGAGUUAUGUUUCCUUCACUGGAUACCCUUGUCCUGGCCAACAAUCAUUUGAAUGCUAUUGAGGAGCCUGAUGAUUCAUUGGCCAGAUUGUUUCCUAAUCUGCGAUCCAUCAGCCUCCACAAGUCAGGUUUGCAGUCCUGGGAAGACAUUGACAAACUCAAUUCAUUCCCCAAACUUGAAGAAGUGAGAUUAUUAGGAAUUCCUCUUCUGCAGCCAUAUACUACUGAGGAGCGAAGGAAAUUGGUGGUAGCCAGAUUACCAUCAGUUUCCAAACUUAAUGGCAGUGUUGUUACCGAUGGUGAACGAGAAGAUUCUGAGAGAUUUUUUAUUCGUUACUAUGUGGAUGUUCCACAGGAAGAAGUGCCAUUCAGGUAUCAUGAACUGAUCACAAAGUAUGGGAAGUUGGAGCCUUUGGCAGAAGUGGACCUAAGACCCCAGAGCAGUGCAAAAGUAGAAGUCCACUUUAACGAUCAGGUGGAAGAGAUGAGCAUUCGUCUGGACCAAACAGUUGCAGAACUAAAGAAACAAUUAAAAACUCUAGUGCAAUUACCCACAAGCAACAUGCUUCUCUACUAUUUUGACCAUGAAGCACCCUUUGGCCCAGAGGAGAUGAAGUACAGCUCUCGGGCAUUGCAUUCCUUUGGCAUUAGGGAUGGAGAUAAAAUUUAUGUGGAAUCCAAAACAAAAUAACCUCGACCAGCCUUGUAAAAGACACACUUAAGGACUUCUUGCAGGGCAUGUUUCCGGUGUAGUUUUCUUUAGGAGGGAGAAGAUUGUUUUAGUUUUGUUUUGUUUGGUUAGGUUUGGGAGGGGUUUUGUAUAUUUUUUCCCCGACAAUGUGUAGGGGACCAUUUUUGGUAUUUUCUACCACAGAUUUCUUCGGCUCAGCCAGCAGAAUUGGCCACAUCUCCAGUCCAUGUGCCGUCUUUCUUGAAAGGUGACAGAGAAUCACUGACUUCUUACUGUGUUCACUGGGGUUAGUCUGCCACUUGGUUAUCAUUACCGUUAGGUGUACUAGUGAAGAUAGCAUGAACAGUACAGCCCUUCAGAAGGGUGUCUUAUAGUAUUUAAAUCAGGAAACAAGGAAUCUUCACAGGAAGGGCCACCACUCUCUCUCUCUGUUCUUCCUUUUUCUCUCCCUCUCCCUCCUUUUCUGUUUUGGUUCAAUUUCUCACUUUGACUUGCAUCAGCACAUGUUUACCUUACAGUUUUAUUGUUCAUAAUUAACUAUUUUUCAUCUGGCUGAUUUUUUUUUCAUUUCUUCUUUUUGAUAUAAUUUAAAGUGUUUUAAGCAUUUUUCAACCUGAUUCCUAUCUCAGGUACUCAGUAAGAACCUACAACUCUGUUAGGACUUUGAAGAAGAGUAGACGAAGAGUUAAAACUCCAGGAAAACUUGCUGUUACUUUGGAAGCACAAGCAGAGCAGUCUGAUCUCUUUAUAUGUUACUAACUCGCUCUGGAUUUCUCUCAUAUAUUACAUCAGCCAUGCUUCCAUAAUAUGAAAUAUGUCAGAUACUGGAGUUCUUUCAUUUUUUGCUUAUUGAAUGUAUCUCUUCAUACUUUCUUUUCAUUAGUUUAAACUGUAUAUUGGGAAUAGAGGCCUGACUUUAUAAGGAAUCCAUUAGAGUAGUGGAUGUACGUGCCAGGAGAGUUGAGAAUAAGCUAAUGAACUGUCUGUGGUGUGUGUAGGGAAUGAAGAGGAACCAUGGGAGAAAGAGCUUCUGACGUUCCUGCCUGUGACAUCCAUUUGAAGCCCUUGCUCUUGCACUUUGCAUUAAAAGUGGGACAUUUUAAUCAAAGGGAGCUUUGAUUCCCAGUUCUUCCCUGGGAUUUUGUGAUGUCAUAAUUGAACAGCUAUUUUUGUUUCACUUUUUAAUUUAGUUAUCCCCGUAGAAGAACUCUGACUCAUCUAUGAGUAAAGUUUGUGUCAAAACUUCA